AAGCAGCAGUUGCCCAUUUGCAGCCCCCUUAUCUACCUCUCUAUCUGUCUAUCUACAAUAAAAUCCACUCUCAACACUUUAAGGCAGGCAGGAAUGAGAAAGGGAGAACAAGUCUAGAUUUUAUAAAGAAAUGCAAAGAGGUUUUCAACAAAAACCUAAACUUUGAGCUUUAAUUCCAACGACAAUGUCUUCCAUUUGCAGCUUUACUUCCUCCAUUUCCUCAAUCUCUCCUUUUACAUCUCCAAGAAAGUCUCUCAACUAUAACAACAAGUACACUCCAAUCAUCCACUCUUCCCUUCAAGGAACUGUGGCCGAACCUAAAGCAUCCUCUGUUGCCGAGCCCCUUUUGCUUAAUGCCGUUAGAGGAGAAGAUGUUGAAAGACCUCCCGUUUGGCUUAUGAGGCAAGCAGGGAGGUACAUGAAGAGUUACCAAAUCAUCUGUGAGAAGCAUCCUUCAUUUCGUGAAAGAUCAGAAAAUGUUGAUCUUGUAGUGGAAAUUUCUCUACAGCCAUGGAAAGUUUUCAGGCCUGAUGGAGUCAUUUUAUUCUCUGACAUUCUUACACCACUUUCUGGGAUGAAUAUCCCUUUUGACAUUGUGAAAGGCAAGGGUCCUGUCAUAUUCAAUCCUUUGCGCACAGCUGAUGAUGUUGAUCAAGUUAGGGAAUUUGUUCCUGAGGAAUCAGUUCCAUAUGUCGGGGAAGCAUUGACAGUCCUGAGAAAAGAGGUAGAAAACAAAGCUGCAGUGCUGGGCUUCGUAGGGGCUCCUUUCACCCUGGCUUCAUAUGUAGUGGAAGGUGGUUCAUCAAAACACUUUACUAAAAUAAAGAGAUUAGCUUUCUCCCAGCCCAAGGUUCUCCACGCAUUACUUCAGAAAUUUGCGACCUCUAUGGCAAAAUACAUUCAAUAUCAAGCUGACAGUGGAGCUCAAACUGUUCAAAUCUUUGACUCAUGGGCCACAGAGCUUAGCCCUGUGGAUUUUGAGGAGUUCAGUCUUCCAUACUUGAAGCAGAUCGUGGAUACUGUGAAACAAUCCCAUCCAAAUCUCCCGCUAAUCCUUUAUGCUAGUGGAUCUGGAGGCUUGCUUGAGCGGCUAGCUUUGACAGGUGUAGAUGUUGUAAGCUUGGAUUGGUCAGUUGAUAUGGCUGAAGGUAGGAAGCGAUUGGGACCUGAUGUAGCUGUUCAGGGGAAUGUAGAUCCUGGUGUUCUAUUUGGGUCAAAGGAAUUCAUAACUAAUCGGAUAUAUGAUGUUGUCAAGAAAGCCGGUAAAGGAAAACAUAUACUUAAUCUUGGUCAUGGAAUUGUAGUCGGCACACCUGAGGAGAAUGUUGCGCACUUUUUCGAGGUUGCUAAAGGAAUCAGAUACUAAUAUGGCAUGUGACUAGAUGAUUUUCUGCUAAAUUGAGAUCUGCUGUCUUUAUCAACUCCUUUUUGUUAGAUCAGUAGUUGAUUAUUCAGCUUAUUUGCAAUACUGUUUAUCGUGGAUAGUUUGGUUAAGUUCUCAACAUGAGAGCGUUGCAUAAGCUUGAUAGCAAGACCAUAUAUAGUCAUAUGGAGCUUGGAAAAAAUAGAAUGUUGCAUCUCCUCUCAUUGUUUUUGAGGCUUUGGCACCUGUAUUUUCUAAGGCAGAUUGGCAAGCUAGGGAUGGGAAAAUGUCCUUUGGCAAGGGCACGGUGAUUGCAGGUGUGUUUGCAUCAUUGAUUGUCCAAAACCAUAUUAGGUAUGAGGUUAUUAACGAGGAGGUUUAAUUCCUCUGGAAUCUGAGUUGAAGUGUUCCAUCCGUUUCAGCA